AGAAGGACAUCGCUGGAGUAAGAGUAGGAAAAAGAAGCUUCGUUUUGGGGAAGAUGGGGGUCCUCCUCCGCUGGGCCCCCUUCAUCUUGUGGGCGACUGCCCACCUGCUGCUCCAGGACUGCGCAGGCUCCACUUCUCACUCCCUGCGCUACUUCUACACAGCCGUGUCUGAGCCUGGCCAGGGGCUGCCCCAGUUCAUUGCUGUGGGGUACGUGGAUGACCAGCAAUUCAUUCAGUUUGACAGUGACACCAAAGAGGCACUGCCUCAUGUUCCCUGGAUAAGGAAGGCAGAAAAAGUGAAUCCUCAGUACUGGCACAGGGAGACUCAGAACUUGAAGGGCACUGAGCUGAACUUCAGGGUGAAUCUGCAGAAUCUGCGGAAUCGCUACAACCAGAGCGGAGGGAUCCACACCCUUCAGAACAUGUAUGGCUGUGAGCUGAGUUCAGACGGGCGCAAAGGAGGAUACGAUCAAUUAAGCUAUGAUGGGAAGGAUUUCAUCGCCUUUGACAAGGACACCCUCACCUGGACGGCAGCCGAUAUGGGGGCCCAAGUGACCAAGGCGAAGUGGAAUGCUAACAUGGCCAUAACCCAGGGCAAUAAGCACUACCUGGAGGGGAUUUGCAUUGAGUGGCUGCAGAGACACCUGGAUUAUGGGAAGGAGACUCUGCUGAGGACAGAGGCUCCGGUGGUGAAGGUGACCAGGAAGUCAGGCUAUGACAACAUGGAGACCCUCGUUUGCCAAGUCCAUGGCUUCUACCCCAAGGAGAUUGAUGCCAACUGGGUGAAGGACGGGGAGGUCUGGCAGGAGGGCACCUCCCGAGGAUUGGUCGCCCCCAACUCGGACGGGACCUACUAUGUCCUGCUCAGUGUCAAGAUCGACCCCGAGGAGAGGGAUCGCUUCCGGUGCCGGGUGGAGCAUGACAGCCUAGAGAAGCCUCUGGACGUGGCCUGGGAGAAGGAGCCAGUCAACCUGGGGCUCAUUGUGGGAGCCAUUUUGGGUGUCGUGGCUGCCAUCUUGCUGGUCUCUGGGAUCGUCUUCUUCAUCCACAGUAAGUAAACCCUGGACACGUUUGAUGCCACUCAUGUGUCCUUCUGUUUUAGCCUCCGACUGGGAAUGUGCUGGUGGAGCCUUCCUGGCAACUGCCCCUUGUAUCCCUACAGACACCCUUCUCCAUAAAAGCACCCUUUGAGCAUGGACCAAAAGUCAUGGUGGUCGUUGCUUUGCACUCACUGUGUGCUCAGGA